UUCCCCGGCGCCCACCCCCCAGCCCCCGCCAGCCCGGCUCCCCCCAAGUGCCCUUAGGAUGCGGUGAUUAGAGCCGCGAGCUCUCCCUGCGGGAGGGGCACCGCCUGCGCCGGGAACCCGGGGCCGCCGAGCCCCGAGGGCCGGAAAGAUGCUGUCCGAGCAAGCCCAGAAGUGGUUCCCAACCCACGUGCAGGUCACAGUGCUCCAAGCCAAAGACCUGAAGCCGAAAGGCAGAAGUGGCACCAAUGACACAUACACUAUCAUUCAGCUGGGCAAAGAAAAGUACUCCACGUCCGUAGCCGAGAAAACCCUUGAGCCGGUCUGGAAGGAAGAGGCCUCCUUUGAGCUGCCGGGGUUACUCGUGCAGGGGAACCCAGAGAAAUACAUUCUUUUCCUCAUAGUGAUGCACAGGUCCCUGGUGGGUUUGGAUAAAUUCUUAGGCCAGGUGGCCAUCAAUCUCAAUGACAUCUUUGAGGACAAACAAAGAAGGAAAACAGAGUGGUUUAGAUUAGAAUCCAAACAAGGAAAAAGAGUCAAAAACAGGGGUGAGAUAAAGGUCAAUAUUCAAUUUAUGAGGAACAAUAUGACAGCAAGUAUGUUUGACUUAUCAAUGAAGGACAAAACAAGAUCUCCUUUUGCAAAAUUAAAAGACAAGAUGAAAGGUCGAAAAAAUGAUGGGACAUUUUCUGAUACAUCUUCUGCAAUCAUUCCAAGUACUCACAUGCCUGAUUCUAAUACCGAAUUUUCCAGUGUUGAAAUACAGAUGAAAUCCAAGCCAAAAAAGCCUUUUCUUUUGGGUCCUCAGAGACUCUCUUCUGCACAUUCAAUGUCUGAUUUAACUGCAUCCCACACAUCUGAGAAACUGAAGUCUGGCAACGUAGGUCAAACACAUCUUCUUGGUCGCCAGAUAGAUUGCUUUGGAGUAGUUCCGGAAAGCGGAAGUCUCAAGUCACCACACCGAAGAACAUUAAGCUUUGAUACUUCUAAAAUGAACCAGCCUGACAGCAUUGUGGACGGAGGUGAAUCCUCCUUUGGAAGACAGAAUGACCCAUUUGCAAACGUGACUGCUUCAUUACCCCAAAAAUUUGCAACACUGCCAAGGAAGAAAAAUCCAUUUGAAGAAAGCAGUGACUCAUGGGACAGCAGCAUGAGUUUAUUUUCAAAAUCAGUUGAAGUAAGAAAAGAAAAUAAAAGAGAGAAAAGGGAGAAAGUGAGCUUAUUCGAAAGAGUGACGGGGAAAAAAGAUAGCAGAAAAGCUGACAGACUUAACAAUGGGGGAUCUGAUAGUCCUUGUGACUUAAAAUCGCCCAGUGCAUUUACUGAAAACCGGCAGGACUAUUUUGAUUAUGAGUCAACUAAUCCGUUUACAACAAAAUUCAGGGCUUCAAAUAUAAUGCCAUCUUCAAGUUUUCAUAUGAAUCCGACAAGCAAUGAAGAUCUCAGGAAAAUCCCGAAUUUGAUUUAUAGUCCAUGUGUUUCUAAGAUGUUCUUCUGCCCCAGAAACUUGAUGCUGCAAUUUGGGGACAGUAAUCCUUUCGACGCCGCAGCAGGGUUCCGGAGCCUGACCUACGAAGAGGUGCUGCAGGAGCUGGUGAAACACAAAGAGCUGCUUCGGCGGAAGGACACCCACAUCCGGGAGCUAGAGGACUACAUUGACAACCUCCUGGUCCGAGUGAUGGAGGAGACGCCCAGCAUCCUCAGAGUGCCGUAUGAACCAUCCCGGAAAGCUGGCAAGUUCUCCAAUAGUUAAUAAGCCCAGGACACUGCAUUUCCAUUUGGAAAGAGUGCUAGAGGGAAGAAAAUAGGAAGGACAAACUUGUCACUAGAAGGGACCACACAGGUUUCAUUACAAGCACUCCCUCAUGGUAAAAAGCUGUUUCACCUGUAAAUAUCAGCAGGGACUCUGAAGAGUGACCUUGGAAGUGAACAAAAUACUCUAAACUUCUAAGGUGAAAAUAGGUCAGAGCCUUGAUGAACAGCCAUUCUCUAGGAUUCACGUGGGUGCUGGUGCUGACCCACCAAUCUGCCAUAGGCCCACAAUGUCCUUCAAGUUCAUGAGUUAUCCCUCAGGAAUAGUUUUCCUAAAGCAGAAGUGAUAUUGUGGCAAGAUUCUCACAAGUCAGUUGUAGACAUACUUAGCUUCAGGAAUACAGCUCAUUAUAGACACUACUAAAACAUCCCUAUUUUAUAUACAUGUGUAUGUACAUGAAUAUAUAUUCAUGUAUCUUUGUGUAUAAAAUACAUGCAUAUACCUCAUGUAUACAUGUGUUUUUACAAUAUUUGAAAACGUUGGUUGCCUCUAAGGUUAGGACUUUGAGAAUGUGCGCUUGCUCUGUGAAUGCAAGACAGGACAUCACUGCUAUUCUGACUCACCAUGCAGAAGCUGCUUCAAAUCACUCUUGACUGUGAAUGUCGGUUUCAGAGUGAUUCCAUCAUCACAGCUUUGCUCCUUUUCCCAGAGUGAUAGUUUAUGGGAUUUUAAUUUUUUUUCUUAUUUAUUUUUACUUUUUACUCUGGAUCCACUCUACCAUGAAAGACAUCCUAGCCCUUCUAAGGUCUCUUAGACAAGAAUGAUAAAUUUGUUUUCCAGCAGCACAAAUGUCUUUCAGUUAAUUUUUACCUAACAUUUGGCUCUUAUUUAAGGUAUAAGCAGAAGAUAAGCGAAUGCAAUUUGUUUUGUUGAAAUUCUUCAUGCCUUUAAAUCAUUAGCAAAGAAAACAUUACAAAGUUAUAUCUGAAAAUAAUUUGGGAAUAAAAAGAGGAAGGUGAUUGCCUGGCACCCAAAGCCAAACACUAGGGAUGAAGAAUUAGGCUUGGUUUCAAGUUUCAUAAAUAAUAGAACAGAUGGCUGCCUUUGGUUCUUCUUCACGACAGAAGUGAGUUUUUAGAGCAGCCCCUUGCUAGUUUCCACUCUCUAAGCCCUGUGAGCAUGGAACGAGAAGCUCCUCCUUAAAGUCCACUCCCCACAAAUAGGGACUUGCGCCAUGGAUUAGCAAAAUGGAUUUUUACAAAAUGAUCCUGAAAUUUAAGUUGAACACAACAAUAAAAAAAUGCUAGUAAUCUUCUGCUUAUUUUUCACCUUUAGAAACCUAGUAUACUUCCUAUGAAACACAGUGUAUCUGUCUUUCUAAUGUGAAAGGAGAGGAUCAUCUCCCUGAGAGGCCUGCGUUGAGUUUUAUACUCUAGUGGCUCUCUAGAAAGAUUUCACUGUAAGUUAAAUCAAAAGCAGAUAGCUUUAUUUAUCUGAAUAUUUUAAAUGAAAGAGUAUCGACCAAGCUUAUAUUCAUAAACUGCAUGUGCUUGUUACUUGUAUUUUGUGUUUCUUUAUAGUUUUCCUGUGAGAACAUGUAUUUUGAAGGUUUUUUUUGAAAUUUUUUCCCUAAAUACAGUAAAUUAAAUAUCCUGAAAUUAAAUGGAGAAGGAAAAAUGCCUUUGUCAGUUUUUCUCUCCAUGCAAAAUUCAAGUUCUGUAAUAAAGCUGAAAAUCUAGUGUAGGGUUUUAUUUUUCCAUCUGUGGUCUUAUUAAUUACUAUUUUUUAACCUGGUGCCAUUUUAAAUUAACAUUAUUAAGUGUUAUACAAUUCUUAGCAUUUUUUUCUGAUAGUAUUAUUGAAAAUAUUCUUAAACUUCAAAACACCACAGUGCACAUGUUUUCAGUAUUAGGCAAGAUAGCGUAAUGAGCUUCAGCCAGACUCAUUCUUCUAGAGUGAGCAAGAUGUCAGUUUCAUACGGAAUAUGUUUGCCUUAAAUAAAGCUCAUUAAAAAGUAUGCUUUUCUUUUUUAUGAGAGAAUAUAUUUUUAAGGAGCAUUUCUUUUGCCUCUGU